AGCGAUUCUUGUAACUGACGUCAUCAACCCGUGUGUCAUCUUGAACCAUAUUAUAACCGCAUCACAUAACACAGACAUUUUGGUUAUGCGCUUGGAUUUGAUUACUAACUCGUCUUGUAAACCACAAGCGAGAUAUUCGUGUUAGUGGAUAUGAAUCUUUAGAGUAGAGCACAUGAUGACGCAGUAAUGACGUCACUGGUGAUUGGCAUAAUGUUUUGACGAGUGGCUUGAGCUGUUUUUGAGGUUAAAAAAGCAGUUCAAAAAUAUUUUUGUUAUAAAUGAAAUGUUGGAAGCUGGAUUGAGAUGGAUCUGGAGGGAAAAAACAACGAUGUAGACAAGAAAGUUCUGAAUGUGGAAGAUCUGAACAUAGAGAUUCUUCCAGUUAUUUACGAAAUCAUAAGAAGUAUUGAACGUGAUAAUCAUCACGAUAAUACAGCUAAAACAAGAGAUUCAGCGGAUUGUUCUCAAAAGGUUAUAGAGCUGCAGAAGAGGCUUGACCAGGCAAGACAAGAGAUACAUAUGCUUCCUGGCAUUGACUUCAGUAAAGAACAACAGCUCCAACAUUUAGAGGCCCUGAAGACCCAACUGAGAAAAAAACAAGAGCUAUUACAAAAGUAUCAUUUUAUGUACCCCUUUGAUACUCAAAAACCAUAA